AUGCCCGUAGAAGUGUUCAAUAAUUUAGAAAAUAUGAUGAUGGGAGAUAAAACCAUUAUAGUGCGAGAUGCGUACAAACGUUAUUCGGAUAUAAUAAGUAUGAGAGGCUUGAAUAUGUCUGUACCUAUGGGAUCAAUGUAUGUAUUUAUGCAGUGUAAUAAUUAUUACGACCAUUAUGAAUUAUGGUUAAGGUUAAAUAUUUAAUAUUUUAAUAUUCACAUUGAAGAUGUGACGAUUUUAUCUUCAAUAAUAAAUUACGUUAAAAUCAGAUUUAAUCAAACUUGACGCUUAUAGAAAAUCAAUUAUAGGAUAACCAUAAAGAAUUAACAUUCGUUGUAGAAAACACAACUGAAUGUGAUUAUAAUUUUUUAUUUAUUUUUGAUUUAGUCAACGUUAGAAACGAAGUAGAUUUCUAUCUAUAUUAUGGAUUUAUCUAUAAUAUGGUCGAGUAAAAUUUACAAUGUAUUCUAAUAAAUUCUGAGUUAAAAAUAACAUCUUUAAUCUGAAAUAUAUGUAUACGCAAAGUGUAGGCAUAACUCAUUUCGUACCAUAUAUUCAUACUGUAAAGAAGUACUACGAAAAUAUAAUGUAUGAAAUGAUAUUUUUGCUACAGAAAUGUAUUUACGAUUUUGAUAUUUACGAUGCCCGAAUAAUCAUCACCUAUUGUUAUUUAUAUUCAUUUUAUAUUGAUACCUAUGGAUAUUUUCCAUUCUGAUUGAACUAAUAUUCCUAAAUUGUAGUAUCGCAUCAAUUAUUAAAUUUGUUGGUAACUACCCUUCUAAACUUGUUCCCUAUUCUAUUGUUUCUCACACAUUUCCGCGGUAGCGGUGGCGAUAUAUUAAACCGCCGCCGUGUCCACACUGCUACAGCAGUGGUGGUGCGGUCUAUUCACAUUUUGAAGAAGACAUUUAUUCAAAAAAAAGAUGAGAAAAACUGAAAAAUUUUCAGCGGUGGUGAAAAAAAUUGAUCAUCCAGCGAUUUUUAUAAAAACUGUAACACUAUAAUUUACCGCUGCAUUGUGUAGAUUCCCAUAAGAAUAUACGAGUUUUAUUAAACCGCUUCCAUCAGCGCCACCGUUACCGCGGCAGUGUGCUCACACCUCUUAUCGCUUUGUCGUAUAAAAGUUUCUGUAUUUUUGUAAUUAAACAAAUAAUUGAUUAAGUAUAAUUAUUACUAUGUAUCAGAUACGGACUUCUAGGACCAAGUGGCUGCGGCAAAACUACUUUGUUAAACUGUAUACUGGGUCAAACGUCAUUAGAUUCUGGCAAAGUAUACUUAAAAACGCAACAUUUCUCGGAAAUUAGUUAUAUGCCACAAGUAUAAUUAUUAUAGUUUGAUUACUUUAUAUUCAUAUUGGAAGUAAAUAAUUGAAUACAAUAUAGGUACAACUAUUCAAAUUUUUUUUAGAACAUAACGUUGCAUCAAAAUUUAACUGUGUAUCAAACAUUUAUAUUUUAUGGAAAAUUAUAUGGAAUGUACAAAGAAAAUAUAGAAAAGAGGAUCAGCGAGUUAGAUCAUCUGCUAAAAUUACCAUUGUUAAGCAUGCAGAUUAAAAACUUAAGGUAAACACAUAAUACACAGUAUUGUAAAUAUGAUUAAAUGAUAGAAUAUGACUAGUAUAUUUUUAGAUUCUGAGCGUAAUGAGGAAUAUGUUGAUUUUAUAAUAGUUUAUGAUAUGUGCUUUAUUUUCUGUCAAUAAAUUUUCUACCAGAAAUAAUUAUAGACACCAGUCGUUUUUGCAGAGUAUUUACGAGUAUAUUAAAAUCAAGAAAAUCCUAAAACUUAUGGCGCGCCAAAACAUUUCAAACCGUACUUUACUUAGAAUUAUUUUUAUAAACAUUUGAGCUUAUUAUCAAGUGCAUUUUGGUUAAAAUAAUAUUUAAGUCAAGUUACUUAAUUCAUAAAUCAUAGUAAAGUUAUGAUAAUUUGAAAUCUACGAUUUGAACUAUUUUUUAAUUAAAAUUAAAUAAAAAAUCAUGUCUUUUGUACAUUUGGUAAAUGAUUAUUGUAGAUACCACUCCAUAAAUGUAUAGAAAAUUUAAAUAAGUAGUAUAAAAAGGCUUCUAGAUUACUGAUGUUGAAGCUAGGGCAGGUUAGGUUAAGAAGAUCAGGAUUUGGAUCAGUCGACCAGAAACAGCCUUUUUAUGCUACUCUUAAACAAUGUGAGGUUUUUUUCAUAGUAAAUAGUUAAAAAAUAUAUUUUAUUUAGUGGCGGAGAACAAAGACGAUUGUCUUUUGGUGUAGCGUUAUUUCAUGAUCCUAAUAUUAUGAUACUCGAUGAGCCGACGGUUGGUAUUGAUCCAGUUAUAAGGCAGAGGUAAUCACGUAGGAAUAUAACAAUUAAUAUCGAUAACUAAUUGUACAGAUUUGUUUGUUUUUUUUUUUUUAGCAUUUGGGAUUAUCUUGUUAAACUUUCUUUAGAAGGAAAAACCAUCGUCAUAACCACGCAUUAUGUUGAGGAGGCCAUUAGAGCAAAUGUGGUAUCUAUUUGUAAUUUAUGUUAAAAAUUUGUCGUUGAUAGUUCGAUUAAAAAGAGUUGUUUGAGUUUGGGGAUAGUCUAUUUAAGUUAUAGUAUUGAUUACAGCCGUGAGAGAAUUUUAAAGAGUUAUACAGGGUGAUUUUAUAUAUAUAUAUACUAACGUAUAAUACUAUAAUUAUUAUACUACUCGUAUUAUAAUAGUUAUUAUUUCAUGUAAGUACGUAGUAUCUAUUACUAGUUAUCAUUUAAAUUUAUUUAAUAGGUAGGAUUUAUGCGAAAUGGUAUUUUGGUUGGUGAAGAUUCGCCCAGUACGCUGAUAUUAAAACAAAACGCUUCGAAUUUAGAAGAAACAUUUUUAUCUCUGUGUUGUAUACAAGAAAGUGGGGAAGUAAGUACAUAAUAAAGGCUGAAUAUGGAUUUAAUUAAUGUACGAAGUCUGGCUAUUAAAUAACGAGACUGCUUAUGAAAAAUGGUUUUAUUUUAAAAAUUAUUCCACAACCAAAUGUUCCCCUUCAAUAUACUCUCCUCCCCUCUUCACACACUGUUUCAUUCGUUUCUUCUAUUGCUCGAGGCAGUGCUGGAAGUCUGUUUUCGUAAGACCAUUCAGGAGUUCCGCCGAUUUUUGUUUCACCUCUUCCAUCGACUCAAACCGGAUUCCUUUUAAGGCAGACUUUAUCUUCGGAAGCAAGUAAAAGUCGCAGGGUGCCAAGUCGGGUGAGUAAGAUGCGUGUUCGAGUACUGGAGUGCCUUAAGCGGCUAAAUAACGCUUCACGCUUUAUCCUGGUGCAAGAUCCACGACUUGUUUUUCCACAAUAUCGACCGUUUCUUACGAACUCAUUCGCGCAAUGUUGCCAAAACUGUCAAAUAGUAAUGUUGGUUCACAGUUUGACCCUCUGGAACCCAUUCAGUCAUCACGAUGCCGUUGAUAUCGAAGAAAACGAUCAGCAUGGUUUUGAAUUUGGAUUACGACUGAAUUGGAUUCCGGUGCACUCUCGACCUUCAGAAAAUAAUUUAUGCCACUCAAAAACACGCACCCGAGAUAGGAAAUCCUCACCAUAGGCCUCUUUUAACAACUUAUAGCACUCAGUUGAAGUUUUUUUUAGUUAAAUGAGAAAAUUUUACGUUUAUCCGUUGCUCAUGUUUUUCGUCACACAUCGUUUUCGGCAAGAGAAAAAAACAUGUUCGUUUCUAAACGCUACAGAAAAAAUAUUAAUGCACCAACAAAAACUCAAUUUUGUACUGGCAUAAUAGACACUUCCAGUUAAUCAGCGCUGUAUUUGGUUUUCCCUUAACUUUUUUGGGACGCUCUCUGCGCGCGCAGUCUCGUUAUUUAAUAGCCAAACCUCGUAUUAUAAAAGAUAAUAUAAGUAGGUAAUAAACGUUUAAUGAAGCUAUUAUAAUGCUUAUAUCUUAUUUAAAUUUGUUGGCGUACAGCUCUCCAAUUUACCCAAGGAAGAUUAUUCUCCGAUAUUACCAUUUUCUAUGAAACGAUUGAAAACCAAAUUUUCUUGGAGAAGAUUUCAAGCUCUAACUUACAAAAAUGCAGCACUUCUAUAUAAAGAUCAUACGUAAUUUUUUAUUGUUGUCAAUUUUAAAACUUAUUUUUUUAAAUAGAUAUAAUUUAUUUUUAGAUUUUUAAUUUUUACAUUUAUUUUACCUUUGGUUCAAACCUUUGUGUAUAAUCUAUGUGUUGGUCAUAGUAUUCAAAAUGCAAAUUUAGGAAUCGUAAACGACGAGAUAAAAAAUUGCAGUACAGACCACUAUCGACAAAAAUGUUUCAUAAACGAACUUAAUAAUACAAAAUUAAGUUGUAUGUUUAUUGAUCAUCUACGAAAACACAAUGGUUUUUUGGUAGACAAACAAAAAAUAAAAAAUAACUAAUACAAUGUACUUUUAGUUGAAAAAAUUAUAUUAUUUUCAGAUAGAUUAUCCAAAUCUAAAGUCUGGUAAUUAUGCAUUAACUUCCAGUUAUAUAUGGGGUUUAAUUUAUUUUCCUUCAAAUUACACAUUGGCCUUGAAAAAUCGUUUCAGCCAAAUUCCUAAUCGUUAUGAUAUCGAUUCUAGUUUUGUACAGAUUACAUUGGAUUCAACUAGUAAAUUGUUAUAUACCUAUCUAUAGUUUUUAAACAAAGUAAUUAAAUAUGUACAAAUUAUAAUAAUUAUUAUAAUUUACUUUUUUAGAUUAUAUUAUAAAAUCAAAAAUAAAAGACGACACUAUUUCAACUUUUAAGAAAACAUUCAAAGAAGCAACUGGAUAUUGUAAUAUUAGCGAAAAGUCAUAUUCUUACCCACUUUCAGUUAUACAAAUUAAAUAUUUCUUAAAUUAUUUUUAUUAGUUACCUAAUACCUAUUUAUAUUAUUUUUGUUAUUUGAUUUACAGAUACAAAAUAUAGGUAAUGUUAAAGUCACUGAAUUUAUUCAUUCAGCUUCUCCAGGAUUUUUAGUUCUGUAAGUUUAAAUUAAUAAUAAAUGUUAAAAUCGGAUCAUUGACAGCUAGCCAUCACAGUUCACACAAACGCUUCUCGACAGAGCGAAUGCUCUGGGGGGUGGUAUAGCCACAUGCGCCAAUCUGUGUGGAUAAUCGUGCAUUAUGCUGAUUAAAACUAGAUUUAAAGUCAUUAUAUUACUAAAUCUACUUACUUAAUAUGGUGUUAAUAUCAUGUUGUCAUUUUUAUUUAUAUUAUUUCAAAAGUAUCAUUCAUAUUAUCAAUUACAUUUUUUUUUCAAUGUUUGUUUAGAUUGGCUUUUUAUUUUCCAAUGAUUUUAUCAACUGGGUUAUUGUUGUCCGAAAAGGACGAAGGAAUAAUGAGUCGAAUUAUGGUUGCAGGUAUAUAA